GAAUUCAUCCGUUAAUGAAUCAAUCUAUACUUAUAUUUGCUCUGGAUUUGAUUCAUGAUGUAUUGUGUUUCUGGAUUCUGGAGUCCUAAUGACAGAUGAUGCUGAUGCUAACACUAUAGCAACAGCAGAUAGUCCAUUUGCAAAGCUUCCUGAUCAUCUCCUGAUAGAAAUUUUUGUCCGUGUCCCUCACUCAGAGUGGCCACAAAUUUCUUCUGUUUCAAAGCUGUGGGCCAAACAAUUUCGGGAAGAAAGCCUGUGGCAAACUGCUCUUGUCAGAGGUUUUCCCUUGGCAAGCCAGGCCAAAAGGUGGCCAGGACCUAUCCCUAGAGGGUUGAGCAAAAGGAGAUAUGCAGCACUAUGUGUCAGCAAGCACAUCUUCACACUUGAUGGUGAGAUGGAUGAGAUUGUGGGCCACACAUACUUGUUUUUGAAAGAGCAGCUUCAGCUUUCAACUAUGGCACCUUCUUCUGGAAUCCUUCAUGGAACCAUAAUUGAUCAGUUUAUUGCCUGUGGUAAAUCAAGGGAUGUGGCCCAUGAGCUUGCUUCGCAGAUCUGGCUGGCUGUUCUUGACAAUUUGGAGGAAAAUCACAACACAUUUCUCUUACUAAAACGAUUCGCACAAGAGGGGGAUGUUUUUCUUCCAUAUCCGUACUCAAGAUCGAUUAAAGUCCAGUGGAGGGUGUUUGAGAAGCUCUUCACAGAUUUUCGUGACUGCUUGAGCCAUGCAGACUACUAUGAUGUAUUAGCAAUUGCCAAGACCAAGUUUCAGCCGAUACCAUCCGCUUGGUUAGGUUACUAGUCCACUUCAACUUAGCGGGCCAGAACCAUGUAAGUCUUUGUAUAAAUCAAUAUAAACUCUUACUCCAAACUGUUUGGUAGCACAUUGAUAUGAAGAUCUCUAUACCCUGCUUUACAAAAAAAAAAAAGGCCUGUAAAUUUUCUACCCAGAAUUGCUGUUCGGCUUUAAGAAGAUACCCAAGAUUAGUCCUUUAAAUGUGAUAAAACUUAUACAUUGUAGAUGUUCUUCUUUCCUUUUGUUCAAGGUUUUAGAGUAGAACCUCAAACUCUUGCCAUAUCUUGGUUGCUUCAGAAAUUUAACUAUUUGUCAGCUCUUGCUUAUGUAACUUUGAAACAGUUUCUUUUGUUUCAACAUCUCUCACAUUUGUGAAAAACGAGCACAUAAUAAUCAAAUCAAUUGGUGA